AGUACAAUGGCUUCAAUAGGGAGUGACAUAAAACAGGAUUUAACAAAGUAUAAUGAGAAGCCUUCAACAAUGAUGCUUCUUCGGAUAAAGCGCAAGAGAAACGAAGACCCUAUUGAUACACUGCUUGUUGCACACUCGGGCAAAGAUAAGCGACUCAAAGCAGUAGCAGAUGCUCGAGUCUUUAAACUAUUGGAUUCAGUCGAGUCGGAUCAUCUUGAUUUAAAACAGUCUACGACGAAUGACUCUACCCCACUAACGAACACCAUCGAGAGGCUUGCAUCAAGGUUACGAAACUCUCCAAAACAUGCUAGUGUAUCGGCUUUGGAUCGCAGAAAAGAAGUCUUGGUAUCAUCUAAGUUGGCCGAGGCCAAAGCUGCUCGCUACCGAAUUGUUGAACAGAAUAGAAAGUCAUUUAUGAAUGGCACCUUGAAUGUGAUUGAUAUUCAUAAAGACACUGAUGAUAACAUGCGCGAUGAGAUAGUUUGCAACUUAUUGCCUAUGGUUAGAGAGUAUUUAAACCUUUCCGAAGGAUCAGAAGCAGCAAAGUCUGCCAAUAUUCCUUUACAGGCAGACUAUACAGUCCAGGAAGAUGAUGUAUACGAUCUGUACUAUUACGAUGAGGGAGGUCGUGUCGGCACUGCUCUUCAGUCCAGCAAAGUGGCAACUUUAGGGGUGGAAAACGGAGAUCUUUUAGACCUUUUUACAAACGAUGACCAUUCCGAGUCCGAUACUGAUUUAGACUCGCAAGACUCAAAUGCUGAAGACUACUAUGCCAACGACUAUCCAGACGAAGACGAGGGCUUGCACUAUGAAGAUACUGCAAGCGAUGAUGAGGAUAGUGACAAUGAAUUUUAUGACGAGUACAGUGUCAGAGACAGGUGGAAUGCCCACGAACUACCUAGCGAUGAUUUGUAAAAUCAUUUUUGCACUAACUAGAUUAUGAUAAGCUAGAGCCAAACGUAUCUACUGUUGAAAUGAAUUAUGCUAUUUUUAGUAAUU